AUGAAGAAAAGUAUAAUUUUAUUGUUAAGCCUAGUGGGCUGUGUUUUGGCAGCACCACCCAAAGCGGAACCCAUCCCUUUGAUGGAUGCCAAAAUGGGUGACAGCGACAUCUUGGGAGGACGCAUAACAAAUGGCUUUCCCGCUGUUGAAGAUCAAUUUCCCUGGCAAGUGGGACUAUCGCUGCAAAAAAGUCUCCUUUCCUCUUCGUGGUGUGGUGGUUCUUUGAUUGGUAAAAAUUGGGUCUUGACUGCUGCCCAUUGUACGUCGGGUGCCAAAUUUGUGACUGUCUAUUUGGGCAGCACUGUUCGCACCAGUCCCAAGGUUAGCUAUACAGUUGAUGCUACAGAUAUUUUCCAACACAGCGGUUAUAAUUCCCAAAUUUUGGCGAACGACAUUUCCCUGAUCAGAAUACCCUCAGUGUCAUUCAGCAGUUCCAUACAACCCGUUCAAUUGCCUGCCAUUUCAUCAUCCUAUUCCACUUAUGGUGGCGAGUAUGCCAUUGCUUCGGGUUGGGGUCGUACAUCGGAUGAUUCAACGGUUUCGCCAAAUUUGAAUUAUGUCCCAUUGAAAAUCAUUUCCAACACUUUGUGUGCUGCCACCUAUGGCAGCUCUGUGGUAACAUCGAACACCAUUUGUGUGGCAACCACAGGUGGUACCUCCACCUGCCAAGGUGACUCCGGUGGUCCAUUGGUUUUGGAAUCGAAUCAAGUGUUGGUCGGUGUGACCUCUUUUGUUGCUGCUGCUGGCUGUGCCGAAGGUUAUCCAUCCGGAUUUGUACGUGUCACAAGCUAUUUGCAAUGGAUAAAGGCCAUUACUGGCAUUUCAUACUAA